AUGGACGUCCCUCGACCGGUGGCUGCCUCGCCGGAAAGCGGCCACCAGCAUCUCUACCAUCAUCAGGCUCAUCACGACUCCCGCUCACCACCAGCACCAACACCUCCGCCAUCCCGAGCACCGCCAACGACGACGACGACGACGACGACGACGCAGCAACAGCGACAGCAGCCGCACUCGACCAGCCCGUCGGCGCACCCCUUCCUGCUCCCGUACAAGCGCAGCCAGCGCCCCUCGUGGAGCUGCACCGAAUGCGCCAGGCGCAAGAUCAAGUGCGACAAGCAGAUCCCCUGCGCCUCGUGCAUCAAGCGAGGCUGUCCCGAACGAUGCCAUCUCGAGGGAAGCGCACCCGUCGUGGCCGCUGGACCACAGACCCCGCAGGCCCGCCCACCGCACAGCACACCAAAGGCGGAACCCUUCGGCCCCUCACCUCUCGCCUCCUCUUCCGCAGCGACGAGCACCCCACUGGCGCAGCACGCCUCCGGCUCCUACCAUGAUUCCAUCGUCCACACCGACGGCGAGGCGAGCGGCAGCGUUCGGCGCCGUAAGCCGUCCCGCACAUCCAGCGAUGCCACUUCUGCCGCCGGAGCAGCCUCGGAUCGACGCGGAGGCCUGGUCAAAUCAGCCGCGGCAGCCUCCACUGCCUGGCACGGCUCACCACCGGACCCAUACUUCGCCCCCCGUGCAGACGCCGACCCGCGUUCGCCAAGUCCAUCGCACGCUCUACCCUCGGCCGGCCCCUUGGAGCGGAUACGCAAGCAGCUUGAUCGCAUCGAGGCCAGGCUGGGCGCACUCGAGGCCCGGGACGCUUCCGCGGGCGACCUGCACGCCCGCAUCCAGGAUGUCGAGGAGGUCAUUUCGCUGCUUGGUGAACGGCGUAGCAGCUGGGAAAGGAGCCGGGCCCAGCUUCCACUCGAUCGCAGUACAGGCGAUGGCGAGGCGCUGCACUAUGGCAAUCGCUCGCCGUCACAAAGACGGCCCGGCGCGGGGAUUCCGACAUCAGACCGCGAGAGCUCUCCUCCCAACUCUCGAAGAGCAUCGAGAAUUGGCGCCGCUUCAUCCGAUGGCGUGCACUUGGACGGUUCGCGUGGACCACUUCAGUCCUACGACGAUGAAGCCGACCGGCACGGUCUGGAUCACGCACACGUGCGAUCGCCGGGAUCCGCAGCGCAGCGGCGACUUUCGGACGAAGAGGUCGAGGCGUGGCGAGAGAACCGGAACGCCGAGCUGGCCGCCGAGGACGCCGCCACUGCGCUCGAGUUCUUCGCGCUUGGAAAGGAUCGGAGGCAUGGGAUCAUCGCCACGGGGGCCGAAGCAGAGGUGCAGGUCGGCAGCGAUGGCGAGCCUUCCCCUGAACUCGCGAUGGCUCCUCGCCAGGCGCAGUCGGCGCACGACGAUGGCAUGGCAGACGAGAUGCGACCACGCACCUCGCCUUCCGCCCAUCGGGAUGUCCAAGACGAGGGCCGCGACGCCGCAUCGACGGACCGGCUCGACCGGCUGCGCCUGCGGCUGCCCUAUGCAGUAGACCUCUCUGAGCCGUUGCAGAUCAGGCUCGAUGCCGUCUUUAGGCGGCUCGGAGGCGGCCUCUUGCCGUCGAACAUCGCGGCUCAUCCAACGACUCGAACUCUGCCGGACAGCAUGGCCAGCUUUGCUCUCUCGCCGGCGUCGAUACGCGCCAUCGUCAAGAUGGCUAGGGAUAUUGGCGCGUGGCAGCAUUGUUGCGUCCACUUCCCGACCUUUGAACGCGAAGUCGACGCCUUCCUGGACAUCGUGCUCGACGACAGCGGCGACGACCACGAAUCUCAAGGAGGAAAGGUCGCAGAACUGGCCAAGGAGGCAUGGUCCGUCAUCGACCCGGCUUGGCUGUCGCUCUUUUUCGUGGUCUGCAGCAUAGCGAUCCACCAGAUGUCGGCCGACGAAUGCCGCGAGUGCGGCGUCGAGAGCGGAGAGCGACAAGGCCAGCUCGCAUCCACCCUGCUCAACAUGGGCAUGGAGGCGCUCUCGCUGGCCGAGUACCUCGUCCGGCCGUCGGUCUACUGCUGCCAGACAAUCGCCAUCCUCUGCGUGGCCGGCCACAACAUCUGCGGCAGCGACCUCCUCACCUCGCUCCUGGCCAUCGGAAUCAAGACCGGCCAGACGCUGAAUCUUCACGCCUUGGGACGUCCGGCCCGCAUCCUCGAGGAGUCCAUGGCGAAGCGCAGCCGCUUGCUGGCAAGGGAGCGGCAAGACGGCCCACACGGCUCGGACGGCGACACCAGGAACGCUGGCGAAUGCGCUCGCGGCGCCUCGUGCAGGGUCAAGGGCGAGAGCGAGCGGCACUUUGCGGCAUGGAAGAAGCGCAUCGUCGAUCUCGAGGUGGGCAAGCGGGUCUGGUGGGCGUUUACGCAGCAAGACUACUUUGCCAUCCCCUACCGCGGCUGCUUCUCGAUCUUCGAGGGCCAGUACGACACGCCGCUACCCCACAACUGCUCCGACGAGGAUCUUGAGCACGGCAAGCUGGUCAACCGCGAUGUCAGCGAGCUGACCGUGGCUUCCAAGCAGCGGUAUACCUGCCACGUGGCAAAGAUCGUGUGCGACUUCUUCCAGGAUCUCAACCGGUCGCAGGGUACGGUCGACUUCUCGCUCGUGCAGCACCACGAGCGGCGUCUGCGCGAGGUGACGGACAAGUUCACGACCUCGUGCCUCCGCACGUCGCGCCCGUACUAUGGCGACGAAAGCCCUCUACCUGCGUAUGCCACCGUCAUGCAGCACUACCUCUUCAUCUCAGUCCACCACAAGAUCAUUGUCAUGCACCGGGCCUUUCUGUCGCGCAGGAUCUCGGCGGCGGACCGCCAGCUGUCGCACGACGCAUCGAUCGAGACGGCGCGCGCCAUCCUGCAGCAGCUCGAGCGUGGGCUCGGCAUGGGGCCCUCCGAGGGCGACCGGCUCGAUCUGCGUUCCAGCGCCCACGGAGGGGCGCUGUGGACGAUCCCCUAUCAUGCCGUCGCGGCCGCCACAAUCCUCGCGCUCGACAUGCUGCGGGCCUGCAAGACCAGCUGCGAAGCCCACAACGACGAGGGUGCGGCCGAGGAGCGGAAGCGCGCCCGGCGGGACGAGGUCAAGAGGGCGCUCCAUGCGCUAUCCUCGUUCACCGCCAAGAGCGCCAUCGCGCAAAGGGGCUGUCAGCUGCUGAUUGGCCUGCUCGACGAGGCCAAGAGGUGGGACGAUAAGAGGGGUCGGGAAGGCAAGCGCAAAGGGCCGGAUCGCCCCGCCGAUGGGGAGGCGGAGGAGGGGAGGGCAGCCGGUACGCCGAACAAACGUGCGAAGGGCAAUGUCAGCGAUGGCGUGGCCGGAACGGAAUCUCAUCUCCGCGCGCCGUUCCUGCCCUUCAGCCCCACCAACAACGCCAACGGCAACCAUCCCGGGUCACUCUCGUCCCACGACGAUCGGCGGACCGCCCGUGGACAGCUUCCAUGGCCACAGCAAGCCCGCAGACAGAGGCGCUCGACGACAGCUGAUGCGGGUCCGUCGACCGUGGCGGCCCGGUUCGGUCAAUCAUACGGCUUCGGCUCGUCGGGACUCAACCCGCUCGCUGGCGAUGCCACGAGCCACAACUCGUUCCUCAAGGGCCUCUCGCCGUUUCCGUCAACGAUGCAGAACGAGUACACCGACCUCUUCAACUCGCGGUCGAUUGACGGGGCAGCCGAGCCAUUCGCGUUCUACGGCGGCAGCAGCAUUGCGAACGGGCCCGAUCUGCUGGAUGCCUCGCCCUCGUCCGUCGCUACCACCACGGCCAUGAGUCCACAUCAACUAUUCUCCAACGGCGGAGACCCGUCGGCACGUCGAGGCAUCGAAGCUUCCGCAGGCGCUCUCGAUACGGGCUUGCGCCCCGUGGCUGCCCAGCCAGGGCAACCGUCAGAGCAUGGCGCUCCUCACCUCGGGCCACACGAGCCUCCGGGUUCGCACGGGACGCGCCCGCUGCAGCCCACUGCGAUGAUGGACUUCGGCAUGGUCUCGGAGCAGCAGCUCUCCCAAAUCCUGCCUGCGCUCGAGUCGAUGCCGGACGUCUGGAGGCUCUUCGACGGCACGCUCGGCAGCAACCUCGUCGAGUUUCAGGAGAAUGGAUUCUGA